CACUGGUCAAACAAAGCCUGCUCUAAUUGAACUCCCUUCCCGGGCUCUGAGCCUGAUCCUCACAUCCCAUCAUUCCUGUUCUGAACGGAAUCUGAAAACACCUGCUACUUGUGUAUGAGAAGAAUGUAUGAAGUAGGCAGGUCUGAUCUUACUUACACUCCUCUCUAUGGUUUGAGAAGAAGUGCACAAGAGGAAGGAACACAUUAACCAAACAUGGUGCAUUUCAUCAAUUUGCCAUUUUUAUCCUGAAUAAUACCGGAGCCAAGAUUCACCGAUUUCACAAUAAAGAUGAACGGUUUGGAGAAAACCUGCCUGGUGAGCGACAAAGCCACCAAAAUGUACUCGCUGACUAGCCACAGUGGAGACCCGGGGACGUUUACUAAAGAAAAAAAUCAGGAUGAGGACUGUCGCCAAUCAGUCAUCACAUACCAUUGUCACAGCAAUAAUACAAAAGCCCACGAAGCCAGGCAGAAGGAACACAUAAUAGCCAGGAAGAAGCUUUACAUUGCAGCAGUAAUUUGCUUGGGAUUUAUUGUGGCAGAAAUUGCUGGGGGCUAUAUGGCGGGAAGCCUGGCAGUGGUGGCGGAUGCAGCCCAUCUCUUCGUGGAUCUGUCCAGUUUCCUGAUCAGCAUCUGUUCUCUGUGGUUGUCCUCAAAGCCAGCAACAAAAAGACUCACUUAUGGCUGGUACAGAGCAGAAAUAGUUGGUGCCUUAAUGUCCAUGAUUGCCAUUUGGGUGGUAACAGGCGUGCUGGUUUACCUGGCGUGUGAAAGAAUUCUUCAUCCCGAUUACAACAUAGAUGGGGUAGUGAUGCUCAUCACAUCAGCGUGUGCCCUUGGAGCAAAUAUUAUUUUGGCUGUGGUCCUCCACAACACUGGACAUGGUCAUGGCCACACCGACAUUGGACAUGGUCACAGCCACGCCGACACUGCACAUGGUCAUAACCACACCGGAGGUCAGCAUCAACAUAACGCACCAGAUUACAAGCCUCAGACUAAUGCUAGUAUACGUGCAGCCUUCAUCCAUGUCAUCGGAGAUCUCUUCCAGAGCAUCAGUGUGCUAAUCAGUGCACUCAUCAUAUACUUCAAGCCUCAGUAUAAGAUAGCUGAUCCCAUCUGUACUUUUAUAUUCUCCAUUUUUGUCUUGGCCACAACAAUCACCGUUCUACGAGAUAUUCUCAUCGUUCUAAUGGAAGGGGUCCCUCGCGGGAUUAAUUACAGCGCCGUGAAGCAGAGUAUUCUUACUGUGAAUGGGGUUAAAUCAGUCCACAGCCUUCAUCUCUUGGCUUUAACAAUGAAUCAAGUGAUCCUCUCCGCCCACAUUGCCACAGAAUCUUCAGAUGACUCCAAAAGAAUUUUGAAUGAAGUCACACAAAAUGUUUUUGACAAUUUCCCCUUCCAUUCGGUCACAAUACAAGUUGAACCGGCAGAGGAACAAAAUUCUGAGUGUAUAUUCUGCUAUGAGCCCAAUGACUGAGACAAAAGUCCUCCUACCAUUAGAAAUGGGACUGUCCUGCAUCUGCUCUACAUCCUACCUACAAUAGGAGAAUACAGACAAUCAACUAAUGCCUAGUAAUCCUUUGUUAACUGGUCCAUCUAUAUCAUCUGGCAGCACAGAAUAUUACCUGGUAAAGAUAAAACGGACACCCUUGGUGACAUAUAGAAAUUAUGUGCAUUGACCUACCUUCUCCAGAUGGAUGACCUAUAAGGUCUUGGGUUACUUCUGGACAUUUCAGAUGAUUGUAUUUGGUGUAUUUACAAUGAGGAAUGGUUCCAGAUUUAGUUAUAUUUACACAUAUUAAAGAUUCUGGUUAUUUGUAAA